AUGCUGGCGACGCACCAGCGCGCCGAGCAAGAGGACUGGCACCCGUGCCUGUUCCCCUGCUUGGAGGGUAUGAAGAUCCGUCCGCGCCGGGACCGCCUGGGCGUAGGCGAGAAGCAGAAGCAGAGGGAGGUGCGCAGCCUUGUCAAGAUGCUGCAGGAAUAUCUCCGUGAGCGACAUGACCGCCGGUGGCGUUUGGAGGAGUUGGGUGCUUGGGUGGAGGCGUUCCCGGGUGUCGACGUUGAUGCGACAUUUAAAGGACUUCUGAGGAAGAUCGACGGCUCUUGGGUUGUCUUACCAUUGGAUACGGAUGGCAUGACGGACAAACGUCAACUCACCACAUCGGAUGUACGGGAUGAAUGUCUGGUGAAUCGACUGGUCCCAGAGAUCCUUGGCAAUGUCUUCCUGCACGCCCUUGGUGACGACUAUAGCAACACGAUAGUACCUCUCACCCAUGUGUGUCGGUACUGGCGCGAGGUGGCCCUGGGAUAUCCGCUGUUAUGGUGCAAGCCCAGCAGUUGCCAUCUCGAAUUCCUGGAGACGGCGCUGCACCGAAACAAACGCGUCGGCCUCGAGCUCGAUAUCGACACUCACAAUGUGAAUCAGAAUAUCGCUAGGCCCGUGUACGACCGCGCCACGUCGGCAGACCUCCGCCGCCGCAUACUGCAGGCUGUACAAAUUAAGCUGGCCCAUGUCGGAGACGCCACGUCCAUCAGGCUCCAUUCUCGCACCACUGAGUUCUUCCGGGCGGCGUUGGAGGCGUUACAGACAGACGCGCCAUUCCUAGAGUCCCUCGAUAUUCAAAAUGCUGGAUGGAUGACCGAGACAGACGCUCGCAAUGUGCUCGUUGACUGUGCAGUUUCUCUGCGCGCAAGUUAG